UUGCUUCUUUGCAAAAGCGGGUGUGAAAUCUGUAGAGUAUUCCUGAAGCGGUGCCUCGCUUGUACGACGCCACAUUCCCAUUCCGGUUCCACCUUUUUGCGUUGAGAGCCUCUCUUUGUUUUCUUUUUCUCUUUGUUCUAUCAAAUUCGUGAUUCCUGUUCCAAAUGAAUACCCAAUACGUGACGCAAUUGCUCCGUAAUAUCUAUUCUAGAAAAAAUUUUCUCAACCGUGAAAAACCACAUUGGAACAAUAUGCACAGUGCUUUUAUUCGGCUUCAAUUGCAAAGGUCCAGAGCAGACAAGGUAGAAGGUAAGCUAAAAGAAGAGCAAGAAAAGCAACAGAUUUCUUCCAAAUCUACAGUUACGAAGGCGGAUGGAAAUUAUGGGAUUAGCAAAUACAGCUCUGAUGAUGAAGAUACCUCUGAUAGUAAGUGGAAGUUAGAGUUGGCUUGGCUCUCAAAGACACUUGAACCAGCUCUGCAAUUUUGUAGGUGGGCUCUGCCAACAGGAUACGAAAUUGGAAAGAAACCCCCACCAAGCCAUCGGUCCCUUACAGAAAUAAUCGCAUGCAUCAAAAGGAGCAAGCUUGGAAUCCAGGAUUGGAGCUUGAGUGACCUUACAAUUGGCUUGUAUCUGAUCUAUCUUCGUCAAGCUUCUACUCAUCCAUUUGAAGAUAUCAAAGGCAUUCAGAUAUUGUCAGAAUCAAUUGUUCAAGAUCUCAUAUAUCAUAUUGAGUUGGCUAAAGGUGCUUAUAAGGAUAGCCCUGUUGUUCUUUCAAGGAACAGCAUGCUAAGAGAAAGUAAUGUCAAGAAAUUUGUUAAGAACUCCAGUGUAAUGAGGCCUGCAUAUUAUAUUGGAAUUGAUACGCGUAAAAAGCUUGUAAUUUUAGGCAUAAGGGGAACACAUACUUUUUAUGACCUUAUCACUGAUAUACUUUCUUCAAGUGAUGGUGAAGUCACCUUUGAAGGCUAUUCAACCCACUUUGGAAUUGCUGAAUCUGCACGUUGGUUUCUCCAUCAUGAGAUUGAGAUCAUAAGAAAAUGCUUGGAGAAACAUGAGGGAUUUAAGUUAAGACUCGUGGGUCAUUCUCUAGGAGGGGCUAUAGCUUCUUUAUUGGCAAUAAUGAUCCAUAGAAAAUCACCAAAGGAGCUGGGUUUUAGCCCUGACAUUGUAUCUGCGGUUGGCUAUGGAACUUCACCAUGUGUCUCCAAAGAACUUGCUGAAAACUGCUCCGGCUAUGUGUCGACAGUUGUAAUGCAGGAUGAUAUUAUACCGAGAUUGAGUAUAGCUUCCCUAACAAGGUUCAGGAAUGAAAUUGUUCAAACGGAUUGGAUGAGUGUAAUUGAGAAAGAAGAUUGGAAAGGCUUCACGGAUUUGGUUACAAAUGCAAAGCAGGUUGUGUCUUCAGUGCAAGAUGUAGCUCAAAAACUUGCUGAUUAUGCCAAUUUUAGGACAAAUAAAAGUUUAGCUGUUGCUACAGAAACUCCUAAGCCCUCUAAAGCUGCAAAGGAGAAUUUAAUUGUCACGAAAGAUGCGGGAACUAAACCUCCAGUAAUCGAGGAGUUAUUUAUACCUGGGACUGUGUACUAUAUUAAAAGGAAUUUGGGAUCCAAAAAGGAUGUCGGAAAGGAAUUUUUUACCCUUUACAAGAGGGAACCUGGUGAGCAUUUCCAGAAGAUAUUCUUUUCGGGAAAUUUUAUUACAGACCACAGAUGCGAUACCCAUUAUUAUGCUUUGAGAGAUGUUCUUAAAGGUCUGCCAUGGUGUGGGGAGGAAGGUAUAUUUAAAUAACAAUAUUUUUACUUGUUUUUAUUUUAAAUGAUAUCAUCUGAUUGUAAUGUAACUGUACAUUGUGUAAGCUAAUUUUCUGUACUCAGGGUAAGCCUUAGAGUUGUGUAUUCUGUGGGCAGGUGUGUUAGCAAUAGCACAGUAGAAGUUAGGCAAUUUACUGUAAGUUAAGUACAAUAAGAAUUGUGGAUAGUUGAUUCUAUCCUCUAACAUAACGCCAAAUUAGCCAUGUUAUAAAUGAUAUUCAAUCAUUGUUGUGACUGUCA